AUGACGAAGGACAAAUCGCCCAGGACACCAAACUUCCAAGUGGGUGGGCUUACCAGUCUACCUAUCCGAGAGCGCGUCCAGGCCGUCUUUGACGUGAUCACCAAAGACCCAAACUACUCCGGCUUCGAUACACAUGCUGUCGGUCAAAACCUAACGCUGGUUGACGUCCAACCCAACGUGGCAAAAUGGGAGAUGGAAAUAGGAUCCCAUCUGUGCAACAAAUCUGGCAAUCUACAUGGAGGUGCGGCGGCCACCAUUUUGGACAACCUCACCUCGGCGGCCUUGUUGACCAUAGCCCGACCGGGCUUUCUGGAUGGAGGCCACGUCAGCCGAACAAUCACGAUGAGCUAUCUAAGACCUGUUCCGGGCGGCUCUAGAGUCACAAUAGACUGUGAAAUCCAGGCCGCCGGACGGAAUACUGCCAACAUUUCCGGAAAGAUCUUCGUCGAUGGGAAGCUUUGUGUCAGUUGUAUCCAUGACAAGGUGGUGUUUGCAAGACAGCCGACGGCCAAGUUGUGA